AGGCGUUCCUGGGCCAGCCCUGGGCCGCCUGGGUGCGGGAGGCCGCCCCCCCGCACGCGCACGGCGCCGCCCCCCCGCACAGUGUAGAUCUAGAAGAGGCUGGAAAGGAGGGUGGAAAAAGCAGGGAGGUUAUGAGGCUUAAUAAAGAAGAUAUGCACUUAUUUGGCCAUUAUCCAGCUCAUGAUGAUUUCUAUCUUGUAGUGUGCAAUAUCUGCAAUCAGGUAGUCAAGCCACAGGUUUUCCAGUCACACUGCGAACGAAGACACGGUUCAAUGUGUAAACCUUCCCCUUCUCCAGCUUCUCCAGCCUGCAAUUCCAGGACAUCCCUAGUACAGAUGAAACCGAAAUCCUGUAUCAGCGGCCAUAACCCUGUCAGCAGCAACUCAAAGCCAUUCAAAACGCCCAAAGACAAUCUACUUACCUCCAGUAGCAAACAGCACACAGUCUUUCCUUCAAAAGUAUCACGGGAUAAACCAUGCGUUCCUGUUCCAGUAGUCAGUCUAGAGAAAAUUCCUAACCUAGUGAAGGCAGAUGGUGCCAAUGUUAAAAUGAAUUCUGCAACCACUACCACCAUCACCUCCUCCUCAGCCUCUUCAUCCACCAUACCUGCUCCAACCUUGGUUAAAUCUGGUUUGACAUCCAAGUCAGUGCCACCGUCACCAGAAAAGAUUCUGAACGGCAAAGGAAUUGUAGCUCCAUCAAUAGACAAGAAACACCAAAAUGGCACUAAAAGCAGUAACAAGCCUUACAAAAGACUUUCAGAAAGAGAAUUUGACCCAAAUAAACACUGUGGAGUACUGGAUCCUGAAACAAAGAAACCUUGCACAAGAUCGCUCACCUGCAAGACUCAUUCACUUAAUCAUCGACGAGCAGUUCCAGGCCGUAAAAAACAGUUUGACAUCCUUCUAGCUGAACACAAAGCUCGAUCCAGGGAAAAAGAAGUUGCAAAAGACAAAGAGCAUCCACCAUCUGCAAGAGAAAGCUAUCAGAGCCAGCCCACACCAGCACAAGACUCUCUGUCAGGAUCUUCAGUGAACUCUGGGCAAGAAUCUAAAGUAACAUCUCCUGCAAAAUCUAGACCACCAAAUUCUGUACUUCCAAGACCGUCAUCUGCAAAUAGCAUAAACAGCAACAGUUCUUCAAACCACAGUGGGUACGUACCAGAACUGCCACUGCCUUCCAUGGGAGGAGAUUUAACGAGCAGAUUGUCCAGUGAUGAAGGAGAAGUGGAUGGAGCUGAAGAAUCUGAGAAAUUAGACUGUCAUUUUUCUGGACACCAUCCCAGACCUCUUGGGUUUUGUUCAUACGGCAGUCGCUUAAUGGGAAGAGGGUAUUAUGUCUUUGACAGAAGAUGGGACCAUUUUCGAUUCGCACUAAACUCCAUGGUAGAAAAACACUUGAACUCACAGAUGUGGAAGAAAAUUCCUCCUGCGGCAGAUAGUCCCAUGCCUUCUCCAGCAGCGCAUGUCUCCACUCCUUUUCCAGCAUCAGUCUUACAGCCUUUCAGCAACCCCAAUGCUGUGUAUAUUCCUUCAACACCUAUCAGUUCAAGAAUUACUUCUUCUUCUUACAUAAUGACGUCAGCCAUGUUAUCAAAUGCAGCCUUUGUGACGACAUCAGAUACGAAUUCCAUUAUGUCACACACUACAGCUUUUCCUCAUGUGGCUGCAAGCCUAAGUAUCAUGGACUCAACUUUUAAGGCGCCAUCAGCUGUGUCACCAGUGCCAGCAGUCAUCCCUUCCCCAUCCCACAAGCCAUCCAAAACAAAAACCAGCAAAUCCUCAAAAGUGAAAGACCUGUCAUCUCGGAGCGAUGAGUCUUCAAGUAACAAAAAGAAAAAGCCGCAGUCAUCGUCAUCUUCGUCGUCAUCAUCCUCAUUAUCUUUGCAGACAUCUUCCUCGUCUUCAUUUGCAGGGUCCCACAAAAAGAACUGUGUCCUGAACCCCAGUUCAACUUUGAACUCCUAUCAGGCUACAUCUUCCUAUAACAGCAUGUCUGUGCACAAUACAAAUAACGGAACAAGCCCACUCAGUGCCAAAUCGGAGCCCUCAGGACGGACUUCAUUAUCAAGUAGUUCAACAGACUCAGUGAAACAUAUGAGCAUGGUAGUAAGCAGUAUUGACUCUUCUAAUCUGUCUGUAUCUUCUCUUGUGCACCACCCAGGGGACCACUCCCUGGGAGCACAUAAUGCAGUGUCUUCUCUACCCCUUUCUUUUGACAAAUCAGAAGGAAAAAAACGUAAAAACUCUAGUUCUAGUAGCAAAGCCUGUAAAAUCACUAAAAUGCCUGGUAUGAAUAGUGUUCAUAGAAAGAGCACUGCCAACCUUAUUUCUGCGGUGCCAGAUCCUACAAGCAGCUCCAUCUCUCGGCAGAUUGGAAAAAAUAGCAGUGUAGCUUUGUCACAAUCCAGUCCUUCGAGUACAUCAAAUCCAGUACACAACAGACAAAAGACAUCAAACCGGACUGGUAGAAUAAGGACUCUUCCAUAACAAGGAAAAGGAACCAGCCUAUAAUCUCUAGCUCUCAGCAGCCCUACUCCACAGGGUUUUUCUUUUCUAUGUCCUGCAGAUGGAUUUAACCUUUUAUGAAUUUGUGGUUUUAAAGAGAAUUAAAUUUACAGAAAACUGUAAUAGUGAUUUGUUUAGUUUUUCACUUGUAUUUGCCACUGAUCUGUGUGUUCUGCUUGGUUAUGUUUCAUGCCUUUUAAAGCUGUUAGCGUUGCAAUGCUCCCUUUGUUUCCUUAUCAGAACACAGCGGACAUUCCAAAAAAAAUCCAGAUCAUGAUUUGAAUUUAUUUAAAGGAUCUCCAAAUUUUUUCAUUAAAUAAAAAUUACAGUAAUUCUGUAUUUAAGCUUGUCCUAUGGAUAAAAAUUGAGUGCAUUUCUUAGUAAUUUGCAAACAGCUGGGGCACUGCAACUUUAGGGACUAAUCCUGACUGGUGCUCUGUACCUACAGCAUUUAAUAAUUUCAGUGGGAAUUCCGAGUGUUCAGCCUCUUCCAGGAUCAGGCUC